AUGUCGAAACAAGCCUUUGAAGAAGCAAAUGAAGCUUUUGUUGACGAAAAAUAUGAAGAAGCAUAUGAACUUUAUACAAAAGCUCUUGAGAAUGAUGACAAAACUGAUCAUCGAAAUACUUCCAAGAUCUUAACAUCACGUGCUCAAUGUUCGUUAAAAUUAGAAAACUAUGCAGAUGCAUUCAAAGACAGUAACGAUGCAAUUAAAUUGGAUGAAACAAAUAUCAAAGCAUAUAUUCGUAAAGGAGUUUCAUUAUAUAAUCAAAAUUUAAAAGAAGAGGCUCUUCAAGUAUUUGUUCAUGGUCUUGAAUUUGAUUCUGCUGAUGAACAAUUGAAAAUAUGGCAAUAUAGAUGUGAAAAAGAACUAGCAGAGCAAAACCCUGUUAGUAUAGCUGUUUCUAUUGAAAAAGAAAAAUUAACUACGAAUGCUACACCUGUUCAUCCAUUGCCACCAGCAAAAAUCAAAUAUUCCUUCUAUCAAACAGACAGUAUUAUUACUAUUCAAAUUCCCAUUAAAAGCCUAAAAAAAGAUCAAGUUCAGGUCCAUUCAACAGAUACAACUAUCAAUAUCCAUACGAAAAUACCUUCUUCUGGUCAAGAUUAUUUACUUGAAAUUGAUCUUGCUUAUCCAAUUGAUUCAUCACGUACAAAUUUCAAUGUUACUGAUUCAAAUCUCGAAAUAAAAAUAUAUAAAAGACAAGCUAUACAAUGGACAUCAUUAGAUGCUCAAUCAACAAUAGCUAAAGCUCAACCACCAAUUCCAAUGAAUCGACCUUUAGUUGAAACAGCGCCAAGUUAUCCAUCAUCUAGUGUAUAUGCAAAAAAUUGGGAUAAAUUAGAAGCUGAAAUAAAAAGAGAUGAAAAAGAAAAUAAGGAUGAUAUGGAUGAUGGAAAUGCUAUUUUUCAAAGACUCUAUCAAGAUAGUGAUGAAAAUACACGUCGUGCAAUGAAUAAAUCAAUGUAUGAAUCUGGUGGUACAUGUUUAAGUAUGAAUUGGGAAGAAGUAUCUAAAGGUCGAGUUACCUGCGAACCACCCGAUGGAAUGGAAUGGAAAAAAUAUGAGUCGUAG